CUCUCUUUAAAUGCUCGGAUAGAGUCCACAUUUCUGAUGAAAAUAUCUGAAAUGUUCAUAGAAAAGUAAAUAUUGACGCCUGGAUGAAUCUAUCGACUAUAAAAUAUACACCAAAAACAGGAGUACAUCAAAGAGAAACAAGAUACUAAAUAUUAAUUGCGAAAAACCUUCUAAAAAAUUUAUUUUCAACGAUCAUCUGGACCCACGUUUCACAUUUAGUCAAAUGGCAGAGCCGGAUGUCAAAAACGGACCUGAGGAUGUGGCUGAAAAAUUAUCAAAAUUGACAAUGGGUGAUAGCAAGGUAGAAGCUGAUGACGACGACUUUGUUGACCCAUGGAGUGUGGCCAGUAAAUCAGCAACCGGGAUUGAUUAUAAUAAACUCAUAAAAAAAUUUGGCAGUUCUAAGAUAGAUGAUGAACUUGUUACAAGAAUUGAGAAGAUCACAGGCAAGCCUGCGCAUCAUUUACUCAAGAGGGGUGUAUUCUUUUCUCACAGAGAAAUGCAUGGUAUACUUAACAAGGUUGAACAGGGUAAACCUUUCUUCCUGUACACAGGCAGAGGCCCUUCCUCAAAUUCAAUGCAUCUGGGACAUCUUAUACCAUUCGUUUUCACAAAAUGGCUCCAGGAGACAUUUGAUGUACCAUUAGUGAUACAGAUGACCGAUGAUGAGAAGUUCUUGUGGAAAGAUCUGAAGUUGGAUGUUGCUCAAAAGAUGGCAAUCGAUAAUGUUAAAGAUAUCAUAGCUUGUGGCUUCGACAAAGAAAAAACAUUCAUAUUUAAAGAUACUGAAUAUAUAGGGCAAUCUCCAGCGUUCUAUCAGAACAUGUUGAGGGUACAGAAAUGUGUUACAUUCAACCAAGUGCGAGGAAUCUUUGGGUUUGGGGAUAGUUCAAAUAUUGGAAAGAUUGCCUUCCCAUCAAUCCAGGCUUCACCUUCCUUCAGCAGCUCAUUUCCUCAGAUCUUUGAGGGCAAGAAGGAUAUUCCAUGUCUCAUCCCAUGUGCAAUAGAUCAGGACCCAUACUUUAGAAUGACAAGAGAUGUCGCUCCCAGAUUGAAGUAUCCGAAACCUGCUUUGAUCCACUCAACCUUCUUCCCAGCAUUACAGGGUGCACAAACCAAGAUGAGCGCCAGUGACCCAUUGUCUUCUAUAUUCCUGACAGACACACCCAAUCAAAUCAAAAACAAGAUUAACAAAUAUGCUUUCUCUGGGGGUGGUGCUACAUUAGAGGAACACCAGAAAAAUGGUGGAAACUGUGAUGUAGACAUACCUUACCAAUAUCUCACUUUCUUCCUUGAGGAUGAUGAACGACUGGCACAGAUAAAAGAGGAUUACUCCAGUGGAAAAAUGAUGACUGGAGAAAUAAAGAAGACAUUAAUAGAAGUUCUCCAACCAAUUGUUAAGAAACAUCAAGAGAGACGUAAAAUGAUCACCGAUGAUGAAAUCAAAGAAUUUAUGAGACCGAGAAAACUCAAAUAUGACUAUUCAACGAAAAAAUGAGACUUAGGAAUGUUUAACUUAGCCAAUGUUACCAAAUACAUUUAACAAGAGAUGAUAGAAACAUUAGGAAACAUUUUCUGAUACUCAUACAGUGUGAAUAUAUAAUCCUUAGUUCAUUACAGUUCAGACUGGGUAAGAUCAGAAGAUAUGUCCACCGGACUCCUCUUUUUAUAUUUUUUGAAUAAUCAAGAUCUUUGUGUUUAAGCAUAGAUGCACUGUUUUGAAGCUUCUGUAACAAUUUCUUACUUGACAAAUACUGUUUAGAUGGACUUCAAUUUUUUUCCAAAAUCAUCUACAAGUUUU